AUGGAGGCCGUCCUUGCAGAUGGCGUCCAUUACUGCCCGGUACUCCUCGCGACCGUGACCUCGUCACGGCCGGCAGUCUUGACAGUAGUGGACGUGGCCACCCUGUCGAGCUUCUGUUGGAGGUCCUUAUACACGCCGUCCCAUCGGACGACGAUAGGCUGCGGGGGCUGCGGGGGUGGCGGGGGCGGCGGGGGCGGCGGCUUCUUCUGGGGCGGCACCAGAGGCGCCUCGCCGCCCUCUAUCUCGUUGACGUUCGCCCCCGCAAACGUGCUAGUGGUCGGCAGCGGCUGCGGUGGCCGCAGUACGGCAGCCCUGGCGGUGUGCCGCCGAGGUGGGGCGACGAAGCCGUCCUCAUCAGGCUGCCGGGACACAGCAGUGGGCCGCUGCGGCCUCUUCGGAGGUCGCGCCUCGGCGGCACGCUGGAAGAGCCCGCUACAGUCCUCCCAGCCGCUGCGGCCUCGCGGAGUCGGAGGUCGAGGAGUGAGUGUCCGAAUCGUCACGAGUCAUAGCCCGACGCUUCCUCCGCGCUCGGGCUUCGUCAGAGUCGGUGUCGCGGCGCUCCGCCUCGGCAAGGUUCGCGUCCGGAAGGUCAAUGGUCUCCAUCUCGAUGGCCUCUCGAGCCGUCUUUGCGCCGUCCAGACCGCAGGGAUGCCCGGAGCGCAGGACGGCGCGUCAGCUAGCGAAGCAACGGGUUCUUCUCAUGUCAUAGGGGCUAGUGGGGCAACCGGGGGAACAUCGACCUCUCGGGUGGCCGAGUCCAACGGCGCAACUCCCUUCGAGGCCGCCGUCGCCGGGACCGCAAAAUCCUGCAGUGCGACCGGCGAGGCUCUCGGUGGCACACCCGACUCUUGCUGCCCCGAGCUCGGCAGUGCAGCAGCUUUCCGGAUAUUACAGAGGGUCAGUAUGGCCGCCUCGUCGUCAUCUCGACCGGGUAAGAGCCCCCGUGAGCGAGCUUGUUCCUAA